GUCUCCAUAUGUGUGUAUCUGUCUGUCUGUCUGUAUCUGUGUGUGUGUUUACCUUGGCCCUUUCUAAAUACCUGCCUGUAUGUAACAAGAUGAACCCGACCCAAUCCAGCCCAACAAGAUGACUCAUUGAAGAGAAUGAAGACAGAAAACAACCCUGCCUAUUAUCGAAUCACAGCCAGUACAGACAUGCCUACCCUGACUCUGAGUGUGAUUCUGUUCAUUAUGUUCAUCAGUCUCUUUAUCGAUAACAUAUCUAUGUUCCUGUGGGUUCUGCUGUGAAGAGGGAGAACCAGUGAUGUGUCUCUACGUGUUGUUUGACCUCAACUGUCUCUUUGUUUUCCUCUGUCUGAGCUUGUAGACAUCAGAGCUCUCUGUCCAGCGUUCGUUAUUAUCACUGAUUGAAGUCAUGGAACAGCAGCCAAUUGGAUGCUAGUGCUAACUGGGAGGGGAACUGGUCCAACUGGUUGGUUAAAAGCAUCUUUUCCUUGUAAGGAGUUGGACAGUUUGGUGUGGCUCACUACAUUACAGCAGGGAGAAGACUAAGGUACUGUACUCCACUCUGAUCUGUGAUGGAUCAUAAAGAUGCUUAAAUUAUACGUCAUAUCGGGUACUGCUAAUCAAACAAUAACUCCCAUAAUGAGCGCGUUAAGGUGGACUUCCUCAUCUGAGGUUCAGUUCUGUAGCUUCCUCAUGCUAAGGUUGACUUCCUCAUCUGAGGUUCAGUUCUGUAACUUCCUCAUGUUAAGGUUGACUUCCUCAUCUGAGGUUCAGUUCUGUAGCUUCCUCAUGCUAAGGUUGACUUCCUCAUCUGAGGUUCAGUUCUGUAGCUUCCUCAUGCUAAGGUUGACUUCCUCAUCUCAUCAGUCUGUUGCAGCCCUUCCUCCUGCACCUUCAAAAUAGCUUUAUAGCGUAUGGUACGGAUCGUAUUUUCUCCAGUCUACUAUGGAUGCGGAGAGAGAGGACGGGGGUCCUACCUCUAAGACCACUCUGUCUGGGGAACAUGGCCGCCGGAGCAAAGCUAAGAGCCCAGAGCAGCAGCAGAGAGCAUACUCCCCUGGAACCAGACGUGUCUCCAUGAAGAGCAUACGUAACCUGUUCAGAAAAAAGAAGCAAAUUAAUGAACAAGGAAUCCAGCAGGAGAGAGCAGACUCCCCUGGACCCAGCUGUGUCUCCAUGAAGAGUGACCGGUCUAUGGAUCAACCUUAUAGCUUUAAAGAUGGAAAUCAGCAACCUUCUAAGGAAAGACAACACCAGGAGUGGUCAGAGGUUACCAGUGCUCAGUCUGUACAGCAGCAUCAAACAGAGCUGAUCAAGAGGGCUGAGGAGAACGCACACGCUUUCCUAGACAAGGAGCUGAAGAAGCUCUGGAGGGAUCUCUUCUCAGAUUACCCACAAUGUCCCGAUCUGGUCCUGGACCGGGUCCUGGUCCCGGCUCUUUUUACAGUCCGGGUCUGGGUCCUGGUCCCGGUCCAGAUCCGGUUGGUCCUGGUCCCGGCUCUAGUCCUGGUCCCGGUCCUGGCCCCGGUCCGGGUCUUGGUCCUGGUCUCAGUCCUGGUCCUGUUCCUGGUCCCGGUCCCGGUCCCGGUCCCGGUCCUGGCCCCGGUCCGGGUCUUGGUCCUGGUCUUGGUCCUGGUCCUGUUCCUGGUCCCGGUCCUGGCCCCGGUCCGGGUCUUGGUCCUGGUCCUGUUCCUGGUCCUGGUCCCGGACCUGGUCCCGGUCCAGGUCUUGGUCCUGGUCCCGGACUAUAAUGAAACUUAA